UCUGCCGCCACCCGAGGAGCAGCGUUCGUCCGCAGCAAGCUGGUGGCAAGUCGCACUGUGAUUCUCGCUGAUAUGCAUCGGCGACGAUAAGGAGCAGAGCGAAAGCGAGUUCACGGCGCGCCCAUGCACCAUCGCUGAGACCAAACUUUACAACGACGAGCCUCCCUUGCCUUCGCCUCGACAUGAACCAUCAGCCGGUUGUUGUCAACUCACUCCUCUGCUUCAUCCAUAACUUUCGCGGCAAUCCGCAAGUUCGCAACCUCGUCGCCGAGUACUUCCCGAAGACGGCGAUAGCCGAGGCAAAGAAUAUCCUCUGCUCGAAGGUGGCCGAUGAGUCGCCUGUGCCAGAGGACGUCUUCGACCUCUACGAUUUGUUGGUGACCAAAGAAGAGCAGAUGCAGUUUGCUGCCACAGAUCUCACCAUAUUACCGCUAGCCCUUCUCUCAAAGGAUGAGGAUAAAAAUGAGAUCAUGCGCGAGCUGAAGACCUUGCGCACGUUUAUCUCGGAUGCGCUUGACGGUCGCAUAGAGGACGCACCACAGUCAAGGGAAACACCUACACCUGUCGUGCGAUGCAAACUGAACACCUCUGCUUCGUCUCCCGAAUUUCCCGUCGUUCACAUUCCGGCAUCAGUCGCAUGUGAAAGUCCAAAACCACUGUUGUCUUCAUCUCCAGUAAACAACAAUGUCUCGCAGCAGUCGCUGCAAUUGGCCCUGCAAAGGCAGUCGGUGUCGAGUCCUUCGCACUGCCACCAGUCAACGGCAAAUGAGAAUGGAAAACGAAAAGCAGGUCGAAGCCUAGAUGCUACCGUGCGGAAGUUGAGCGAAAAACGAAAGGCUGAACUGGAGGAGCCACCUCCACCUCCGGCUGCCCCCUAUCAACCACCUCCACUUGAUCCACAAGCGUACUUGAAUAUGUUGCGAAUGAUGCAGACUCCGCAAACUUCGAUCUUCAACAACGUCAUCAAUCAAAUAAGAAUGAAUGGUCAAAUGGAAUGUGACAAUUUCGAGGACCGUGUCGAUGACUUGGCUGAUGACGGCGACAGCUCGCCGUCUCCUUCCGAAGACACCAAGUACGACUUCCCCCUGACUGAAAUGAGCUACGACAACGAUUCUGAUAAGCCAUUUAUCUGUGAACACGCCAACUGCAAUAAAAGAUUUGCGAACAAGUUCCUUUUGAAGAAACAUCAGUUUAUCCAUACGGGACUACGACCACAUACGUGUCCUUAUUGCAGUAAACGGUUCAAUCGGAAGGAUAAUCUACUCCGGCACAAGAAAACUCAUCUCCAAACCAGCGUUGUCGAAGAUCGCAGAGGUCUUCCCGAAGCAUUUAAUGGAUUGUUUCCGGCGUUUGGAAGUACUUUGGGGCUCGAUUUAAAGAUGGAGGGCCUGGAUUCUAUAAAAAUAGAAGCGCUCGAUGCGUUUAGAGUUGAAAAUAAUGAAGACUAGUCUGCUUAAGGCAACCUACCCUAGUAUUGGUCAAGAUAGUCUAAAGGAGACCAGUGAAGAUGUCUUCCAGGGCUAUGAAAUGUGCAUGGAAAUUUCAUCUGAUUGCAAGAACACAGUUCAUUUCAAGACGAGAGAGGAUGCGUUGCGAUGAGCUCACGUAUCUGCUGAAGUUCUAUAAAAUUCUUAGGACCAGUGUAAGUACAUAACUCUCACUCCUGUAAUCAGUCCGGUUGUGUAGGGCCGUGAACAGGACGAUAAAUAACGCUGUGAUUUGGUGCCGGUAUUAGGACGUCUCGUUCGUUGCUUACCAAAUAGAAAAUUGUUCUCAGAAUGCAGUACCCUUGUGAUAUAUGCAUUUCCUUCGUGUGGUCUUCACUAGAUGUCUGAUUUUUUGCUGAUGAGUUACUAUGAAGUGUUGUUGUUAAUUUGGCGUGUAGCCAUUUUCUGUUUGAACCUGUG